AUGGUACUUUUGUUUACCCCAAAGCAUCAGAAACUGGUCAAUCAAUGCUAUCCUAGCGGGCGGACAACAGACAAGAAACCUAAGUCAUCAGAAACUUCUUAUUUACUGUAUUAUGUGAACUCCAGGAGAACCAAGCUCGAAAAGGUUAGCAGCUUUUUGGCCCGUAAGAGCACUGCUGAUUUGAACCAUAGACGCAUUGGAAACCUUUCAGUGACACUGGAACUUAUGGACAAGAUUGUGAUCCAUUGCAAGGAGAAUCUGAACGUUUUCGUCCGGGACUUUUUACAGAUUAUGGUCAAGAUUCUAUCCAAUAACAACGUUAACAACGACGCAAGCGUGGUUGAAAACGCAGAAAAGACAUUUGGCAGUAUUUGUCGUUUUCUAGACGGUGCUCUGUGUAACGGUGAUGCCGAUUUCAUCGAGUCCUUCCAAGGUUUCGUGGAUUUGUAUUUCAGAGUUGUUACGGAAAGACUACGCGACGAUAACUUGUUGCUCAAAGGGUGUACAGACAUUUCGACCGUGCAAAAUCUCGCACUGAAUCCACAAGGUAGCAUAUUGAUAUCGCGAGCAGCAGAAACGGCACUCACGAUCUUCCAGGAGAAAAACGCCCAAUUUCGAGUGCAAAGCCUCGAGGCACCAGGCGAUCUAACGAUGGCCAAAAGGCUCACAAGGACCCAAACGAACACAGAGGGAUUAGAUGAUCUUAUAAACAGCGAAGACCAUGCCAUCCAGGCACUCAGGUCCUUCUUCAGUACUUCCGAAACCGACAAGCUGACGAUUUCGAUUAAAGCGCUUUUCAAUGUUUUGGUUAAAACGCCAAAUCAAAAGCUUCUGCAGUUUAUAUGUAACGGUAUACCCGUUCAUCUGAGAUACAUCGUAGUGCUGAUUUUCAUUCGCCAAUUGCGACAGGACACCCAGCGCUCAUUGAUAAGCUUGAAGCUAAUAUCGAGCCUGUUGGUUUCCGAGGUAAGUAUAGUUGGCCUGAGCAUCAUUGACAUUAUGAGAAAACUGCUCGACGUGCAGAUCACAGCCGGUGUCUCAAAAGAGAUCUCAAGCCAGUGUGCUACUACAAUCGGAGAUCUGAAUCGCAAAACCUAUUACAAAGACCAGACUUCUGAUAUGUUUUCUGAGAUACUAAUUAGACUAAAAGACGAUAGAAACUCGGCUCGUACUGACAGUUUACGCCGUGACUUACAAGAACUGGCAACUUCCACUUUCACACCUUCCCUCAAUUUGGACACUUACCUGGAACUCAUUCCAUUUCUUCAUGAGCCAGUAGCACUGUUCAAAGUGGUCAGUAGUACGCUCGCUGGUUCGUUCUCUAUUUCUAAGCUCUUCCGUGUGAUGGACAACUUGAACUCAUCUGAAAUCCAACAAACAUUCAUGUCAGCAGCUUUUGACAAGUUCAAAGGUAUCACACUUUUAGCAGGCUUGAAGCACUACCUUGAAACUGAUGAUAUCGAAAAAAGCUGCUACUUCUUCUACCAUCUGGAGGCGGCGAAAUUUUUGGGCAUAAGCGACUACCGUUCCCAAGCCAAAUUCAAAGAGGCAUCACAAGAACGUUUCAGUCAAGACGAUUUGCUCAACUUCUAUUCAGACAUGGGAUCCAACAAGUACUCAGACAAGGGAAGACAGAUUAUUUUGUCCCAAGAAAUCAACGUUUCCACUACAGAUUUGCUGUCGAACGGGAACAUCACCAUCCGCUCCGAUGCCAACGCAAAUGGUGGCCAACUGCCCGACGGUGUUACCAUUCCGCCACCCUUAACACAAGGUUUUGGUAGCACACCGAAAUCUGCGCUAGGGUCCGAUGCCAGAUCUUUGAGGUCUUUAAAACACUCGUCGCCUACCGUCAGGGAUUUGAAAUCCGCAAGAAGCAACGGAGCACUACGGAAAAAACGCGACGCGGUCUCUCACGGUUCGCAGUCAGUGAAGUCCCAUAUCACAAAUAUAACUUUUCUUCUCUCCGAACUUGGUGAUGAUUGCCAAGAAAGUAAAAUCCAGGACCCUGACGAAGAAGAGGUGGUGAGCUUGGAGAAAACAGAUCUUGCGAGAUCAGAGUCUCUCAAAUUCCACAACACUGCCUUCAGAGGCUCUAAACGCUUGAGCAUUCCUAUCAAGCUUCAAGAGGACAGUGACGAAUUUCAAGAUGCUACCGAAGAUUUCCAAAUAACAUCUACAAGAGGGAAGCUAUUCGCCGCCUAA